AGCAUUUCACCCGUAGAAACAUUAAUCUUUAUUGAAAUUGUGUCAUAUUUGUAGUAGAAAUUUAACACACACAUCAAAUGUGGUGCCUACUUGACCGAGAAUAGACAGAAAUUGACUUUAGGGUGUCAUUUGUAUAGAAUACUACAACUCCCACAAUGCACCACGAUGCACGGCUCCGCAAGCCACUCCCACUAAUCCAGAACACCGCCUACAAGACUUAUUCAUUUCACUGAAAACUUUUAUCGAGUUAGUUGGCGAAUUACUCCUCGUUUGUUUUUCUGUCAAAAUGGUGAAUUCUUGCAUGGUACAGGGAUGUUCAGUCAGAGCAAGGAAAGGGCAACAAGUAAGUUUUCAUUAUCUACCGAAAGAUACGGAGCGAUGCAAACAGUGGCUCAGGGUGAUAAAUCAUCCGUACUACUCGGAACACACACCCGCGGAAUAUUUGAAAAAACUAAAGGUUUGCAGUCUUCAUUUCAAAAAAGAAGACUUCCAAUUAAAUGUCUUGGGAAUGAAGAGAGUCGCUCUUUUGGACUCCGCCAUUCCGUCGGUGUUUACCUUACCAGAAGACGAUGAACAGCCGGGGCCAUCUGGACUUAGCAGCGCGAAACGCAUUCGCUUGGAGACUGAAACUGCGUCUGAUGCUGCUUUGCUAUCGUCGUCGUCGGAAGAUGAUGAACAACCUAUUACAACAUCAACACCAGUCAAGCAACCUACCCCUGUCCAAGCAGCACAGUUUUUGCCAAGUACACCUGGUGCCCUCGACACAAGUGCCAGCAGCAUUGAAGUUGGUUUCAUCGACGAAAGCUAUCAGCUUGAGUCGACCAUUACCCCCACAUCAUCAUCUUCGUCAUCAGAAGAUGAAGGUGGAAAAGACUGGCAUGAGAAGAAGGUUAUUGUCAAUGAAUCUAGCCUAAUGUCACUAUUUAAAUUCUGCCAGAUGUGUGGGAAACCAAUUUCUUCGAAGGACAUCUUUGAUAAUGGGGCACAGAGAAAAGUAAAAUGGACUUGUCUUGGGGGCCAUUCGGGGACUUGGACAUCUUCACCUGAUGUUAGAGGAAUGCCACAGGUGAAUCUCCUUUCUGCAGCAGCUGUUUUGUUCAAGGGUGGAACAUAUACGGAACUGUCAGACUGGUGCACAACCAUGAGCAUCCAAAUGAUUUCACAAACGACAUUUUACACCAUUCAAAACGCAUACUUGCAUCCCGCUAUUGAGAACUUGUAUGAGGAGAGAAGAAAUGAAGUUUUGGCAAGAGUUUAUUUGGAACAGGAGGAUGGGAAGCGCCCACACUUGGCGGGCGAUGGCCGAUGUGACUCGCCAGGUUUCAACGCAAAAUAUUGUCACUAUACAUUUAUGCUAGACGAUACAAAGAAGAUAAUCCACACGGAGCUGGUGCAGUGUACAGAGGCCACCAGCUCUGGAGCCAUGGAGACAUUAGGUUUUAGAAGGGGACUGACAGAGCUUCUAGACUUGGGCCUUGAGGAGGAGGUGAUGACAACGGACCGCUCGUCAUCAAUAAGGAAGAUAAUGAGGGAACAAUAUCCUAAUAUCCAGCACGAAUUCGACAUCUGGCACACAGCCAAAGGUUUCCGGAAUAAAAUACUGACGAAAGGGAAAAAAAAGGACACUGCAAUCCUUCUCGCAUGGACCAGGUCUAUCGUAAACCACAUGUGGUAUACCUGUGCCACAAGUAAGGGGAACAUAGAGGCACUGCAAAACCGUUGGAAAUCAAUUAUACACCAUGUUUGCAAUGAACACGAGUGGAGAGAUGAUGACGGAACACUGCAUCAGUGUGAUCAUCCUCCUCUUACUGCCCAGGACCAGAGGGUGCGAAUGUGGAUUGGCAAGGACUCGGUGGCAUUGCAGGCCCUGUCGUCACUGGUCCUAGACAAAAAACUGUUGAAAGACCUCAACCAGAUGGCACUCUUCAAACAUACUGGUGAGAAUAUAUGCACUUUUACUAUUGCAUCCUAAAUGAACGUGUUUCAAUUAAUCCUAUC